CGGGGCAGCCGGCGCCCUGCCUCCGCUCGCCUCCCUCGUUUGCCUCUCGCCUCGCCCGGCGCCCGGCGCGACGCGGCGCGAGAUGAGAGCUGCCAGCGCGCGUCCCCGGCCGCGCCUCGCCCCACAACCACCUCUGCAGCGAGCCCGUGCACGGCUGCACGCCAUGCUGCGACCGCCGCGCGAGCGGCUCGCUCCGCGAGCGACGCGAAUCUGGCACAAUCAUAUCGCGGUCGGAGCGCUCCUGAGUGCGCGGCCGCGGGUCGCCUCCAUGCCUACUGCCUCCCCGCGCCCCCCAAAACGAGCCCGCGCCCUGCUCGUCCCAUUUUAUGCUGCUGACGCUCGCUCGCCGCCGCUGCGCCCUCGCAGAUCAAAACAACGUGCGGCCCUUUUGCAUCCCUCUCGAUGUGCACCAACAAGCCUAAGGUCAUCGCCAUCGUGCAACUCGUGCUCGUGUCCCUCGCGCUCAUCCUCUCCAUCAUCGCCCUUGUCGGCGGCGUCACGGACGAUUACGACACCCUCAAAAACACGUACUGGCUCGGCGCCAUGGACGUGGAAACCCCGUACUACGACUACGACCUGUACAGCGACCUCCUAUGGGAUGUGUACUUCGGCUGGCGAAGCGCCUGCCAAAAGAGGGUAGGCGGAGUAUUUGCUGUUUGCGACGAUUUGGAGUGGGACAAGGAGGACGCGGCGACAGCCAUGGGCGUCCUCGCCGCCCUCUUCUCGAUCGGCUCUGUUGUCCUCGGUGCCGUCAAGCUGUGCAAGCCCAACAAGCUCGUCAACAUCAUCGGAUGCGUCGUUGCCUUCCUCGCAAUCAUCUUCACCAUCGCCUGCUUCGCGAUGUGGGCUGACGAAUUUAAACUGAAGUACUCUGACGACUUGGCCCACUACGGCCCGGGCUUUGGCGCGUGCGUCUCCAGCUUCGGCUUCCAGCUCAUCGCUCUCGUCCUGGGCGUCGUCUCGCUGGCCGCGGCGAAACCCGCGGCCUCGCCCGCGGCGGGAGCGCCCGAGAUCGCGAUCGCGUGAAGUAGCGGAAUCGAUCGGGAACGGGGCUCCAGCGCGCGCGGUCUUCCGCGCGCACGCGUCGCGACCCCCACGACCCGCUUUACGCGGCUUCGUUCACGAGCAAUUGAGGCCGAACGAAGAGAAGCCAGAGGUUCCCUGCACGUCACCGAAUGGUCGACCACGCCCCGCGGUUUUGCGUCCCUAGAUGGAGCACGAGCCAUGUCGCAUGUGCAUGAUCUUGCAUGUCCCAUGUCGGGCGCAGCUGCAAUGUGCAGCGCGUAUACUGUAGCCUUAUAUUAUAAGGGGAUGUUGUAAUCUGUAAUCUGCUAAUCUCAAACUUUGCGGUACUACGUAAGACGUAAGAGGCGCGGAGGUGCUAUCUCGGUAUCUGCUAAGCCGUGAAUAAAUAAAAAAAUAAAACGCUGU